AUGGCUGGCUGCGUCUUGCUGCGCCGGGGCCUCCUCCUCGCCUUCACCCUUACCCUUGUCCUGCACCAGGCGGAGCUUUCAGUGUUUCUUCCAGCCUCGGAGGCAAACAAAGUUCUGGUGAGAUGGAGACGUGCUGGUUCUUAUCUCCUGGAAGAAAUCUUCGAGGGCAACUUGGAAAAGGAAUGCUACGAGGAAAUCUGCAAGUAUGAGGAAGCGAGAGAAGUGUUUGAAGAUGAUGUCGUGACUGAAAGAUUCUGGAAACAGUACAAUGGAGGUUCUCCAUGCAUCUCCCAGCCCUGCCUCAACAACGGGAUCUGCAAGGACUACAUCCGCAACUACAGCUGCACGUGCUCCCCUGGCUACGAGGGCAAGAAUUGCGCAAUGGCUAAAAACGAAUGUCACCUCGAGAGGACCGACGGGUGCCAGCACUUCUGCCAUCCAGGGCAGUCGUCCUACAUGUGCAGCUGUGCAAAAGGCUACAAGCUGGGAACGGACCGCAAAUCAUGCAGUCCAAGUGACAAAUGUGCCUGUGGGGCCCUGACUUCCAAACACAUCAGGACUAUGGAAAAAGACGGCCAGGAUCCACUUAGCUUCCCGUGGCAGGUCAAGUUAACAAAUUCCAAAGGAAAGGACUUCUGUGGUGGUGUUUUAAUCCAGGAGGACUUCGUGUUGACCACAGCAAAGUGCUCAUUACUAUACAACAACAUUAGUGUCAAAGCAAAUGCUGGCCAGAGGAUUGGGAUCAAGAGCACUCACGUGCACAUGCGCUACGAUGAGGAGUCAGGGGAGAAUGACCUCGCACUGCUGGAACUAGAGAAACCCUUGCAUUGUCCCAGCUCAGGGCUCCCUGUCUGUGUCCCAGAGAGGGACUUUGCCGAGCAUGUCCUCAUCCCUGGAACAGAGGGUCUCCUCAGCGGCUGGACACUCAAUGGCACAGACCUGGAUACCACACCCAUGAUGCUUCCAGUCACACAGGUGGAUGGGGAGGAAUGUGGACAGACCCUGAAUGUGACUGUCACAACAAGAACAAGCUGUGAGAAGGGCAGCGUGGCGACUGGGCCUUGGGUGGAGGGGAGUGUGGUGACCCGAGAACACAAGGGGACCUGGUUCCUCACGGGGAUCCUGGGUUUGCCGCCACCAGGGCGGUCACACGUGCUCCUCCUCACCACAGUCCCAAGAUACUCGAUGUGGUUUAAACAGAUCAUGAAGUAACUGAAAUCCAACAACGUGGCUAAGAGGUGGUCAGAUUCUGUUAACAUUGGAAGGCAAUGUCUCUUUCCUUAGAACUUUAAACUUUCCUUUACUCUUAGGAAUUCCAUACACGCACACAAUGAAACAUGGCCACAUCGCUGCCCCAUUUCCCUUCUGCUGCUCGCCUUAUAUUCCCCUCACAUGUCUUUUUCUGAGGAACCAGGAAGUCCCAGUAGUGCUACCUCCCAUGCAUAUGCGUUAUGAUGGGGAGUCAGGGAGAACAUCUCACCGCUAGAGCCUGAGAAGCUAGCUCCAGCCACUUCUGGCUGUGAUGGGGGGCAGUCCACUGGAGUGCCUCCCCCAGCAGCUGUCAACUGCCAAUAGCGCCUCAGUAAGGAGUGGGGCAUGGAGCACGACCCACCCACCCCAUCUAGGCCAGAAUCUCGUCUGGCCUGACCUGGUGCAGUCUUGAACAGGUCACCACAGCUGCUGUGAGUCUGGAAGUGAACUCAUCAUGUAUGUCUGGAUUGAGCGUCUCAUGACACUGCCCACCACUUUUCAGCUCGUAUAUUCUUCCUGCUUCUCUUCCACAAAGUCCCCUGGGCCUUGGAGGUGAGGGUGCGAGGGGAUGGGGAGAGCUCAUUAGGAUACUCCACUCAGGACUGAACGCUCAGUCCCCUUUUCUCAGCCACUGGGACCAGUUAUGCAUCUUUGCAUUAACUGCUGCCUAUUAUAAAAAGAAGCUUCUCUGGCCAAGCUGGAGAACGGUCCAGAUCUAUGGGUGUAAACACAAAUACUUAGAAGACGAUUUUUUUUUUUUUGUCCCCUCCCUAGAAGACGAUUUUUAACACGGCUGUUUAGCAAAUAACAAUAGCAGCUUCUACCCUAGGGCCUGUGACCGCCCCAGCCAGGAGCUUUUGGCCAAGAUUAUAGUUCCAAGCAUGAAAUCCCUCCUGUGGAGCAGGCCUCAAACUCGACCAGAAAGCAGUUAACUACCCCACAGUAGCCAUGCCAUGACUGUACCAGUGGGCACAUCUUGGCUGGCACGUCAGUGUUGUGGACCGGCGUCCAGCACUGGGUUGAGACCACUGAUGCCUUUGCUCUGCUGCAGCUGGCACAGCACCAUCCAGCACCAUGAAAGCUAGCUGGCAGGGAGUUUCCUGGGUAAUUUUUAUCUAACCAGAGGCCUUAAGGGGGAAAAAAAUGGGUAUGUUAAAUAAAAUCAGUGUCAGUCAUAAACCAGCUGAGUUACUGAACGGUGAGGGGCUGUGAAUGCAUGUGGUUGUCAUACAUGGUCUGACACACACUGGAACAGACAUCUCUGGGACAGAGGCAUCUCAGAAUUACCAGUGAGACAGCAAAGGCAGUCUAAUUCUGAUUGUGCAUGGCUCACUGUUGGGAGAGAGAAGCAGGGUUAAUAUUGGAAGACAACCAUGGGCCUCCUGAUAAGGCUGU